CACACACACACACACACACACACACACUUCUCAAACACCAGUAAUAUUUAUUUUUAAGUAUUUUGAAACUAUUGACAUUCUCCCAGUCACCACGAUUUUUCAUGCCUCUGCUGUUGCACACUUUGAACACCCUACCUGUCCAUUCUCCCAUCUCUAGACUUAAUUCUUACUUAUCCUACAGAGCACAGCUCUUCCUACUACCAUAAGAGCCCUCUACAUACCCAUCUAACAGAGUACUUGCCAGUCUCUGCAAGAAUUGCCCUUGUGCAUUUACCUAAAUGUAUCCUACCCUAGUGAACAUUCCUCCUGCAAGACUGAGCUUCUGUGGGGUUGUCCCACUCACUUAACACAAUAUUGGCCUGACACAUAGCUAGAAUUUUAAUGAUGACUUCUUGACUGAAAAAGAUCAUGAUACUGACAGGGACAUCAGCUUGACGGGGACAUUAUAGGAGAUCUGUUUGUUCUAUUAUGAAAAGAAAUGUUCACAGAAAAAGUUGAGGAAGUUGAGGGUCUAUGAAGUAUGUCCAAUAGCUGAUGGUAUUGGGCAUGGAAGGUAAUAGGAAAGGAUUGAGGGCAAAGGAGCCUAAUAUGACACACGUACGCCCCAGAAGAUUAGGUGAUAUGUAUGUAGAUUAAGAUGUAGCUAAUGAAAACACCUCUGAUGUGAGAGGCACCCCUUUGUCCCUAGAGACUAGUUUACCACCUGACAUGAAUGAGCCACUUGGAACAUAAUUGUUACAUCAAUAACUAGGCCCAAAUGGAGAGUGUAUAUAAGGUAAAACAGAAUUCAAGCCUACAUUGAAGGCAGGCUGGAUCUCCUGAUCUUGAUACCAUGGGCUUAAGGGGAAAGCAAAAAAAAAAGAGAGAGAGAGAGAGAAAAAAAGCAAUGAAAGCGAAGCUUCCUUUUAAAGCAUCCACCUCCCACCACCCCAGGGACCUCAUUAAAGGUGUUUAGCUGGGCAGGUGUAAACCAGCUUAGGCCCUGGGAGACAGCGCAGUGUGCUGAAUCUACGCUGAACCUACGUUGCCUCCACCCACUCCAUACCUGCUAGCCCAAGUCGUGUUGCUAAGAGCUUCUAAGACAGAAUACGUAGCUGGAGCCCCAAGGAGCCUCUUCUGGGAAGCCAGGCACUAGCCCCAACUUUCUCAAGCCACCGUAGUCAGAGAAGCACUGGAAAUCCUACAGGCUUGGGACCAAGUCACAGAACAAUGAGUCAGGACAGCAAAGUGAAGACCACAGAGUCCAGCCCCUCAGCCCCAUCCAAACCCAGGAAGAGACUGCCUGUCCUAGACCCUUCUGGGGAUUAUUACUACUGGUGGCUGAACACGAUGGUCUUCCCAGUCAUGUACAACCUCAUCAUCGUUGUAUGCAGAGCCUGCUUUCCUGACUUGCAGCACAGUUACCUGGUGGCCUGGUUUGUCCUGGACUACACGAGUGACCUGCUGUACCUACUAGACAUCGGGGUGCGCUUCCACACAGGAUUCCUAGAGCAGGGCAUCCUGGUGGUGGACAAAGGUAUGAUCGCCAGUCGCUAUGUCCGCACCUGGAGCUUCCUAUUGGACCUGGCUUCCCUGGUCCCCACGGAUGCGGCCUAUGUGCGGCUGGGUCCCCACAUUCCCACACUCAGGCUAAACCGCUUUCUCCGUGUACCCCGCCUCUUUGAGGCCUUUGAUCGCACAGAGACCCGCACAGCUUACCCGAAUGCUUUCCGCAUCGCCAAGCUGAUGCUCUACAUCUUUGUUGUCAUCCAUUGGAACAGUUGCUUAUACUUUGCCCUGUCCAGGUACCUGGGCUUCGGACGGGAUGCAUGGGUAUACCCAGAUCCCGCGCAGCCUGGCUUUGAGCGCUUGCGGCGCCAGUAUCUCUACAGCUUCUAUUUCUCAACUCUAAUUCUGACCACUGUGGGUGACACGCCACUGCCAGCCCGGGAGGAAGAGUACCUCUUCAUGGUGGGUGACUUCCUGCUGGCUGUCAUGGGUUUCGCCACCAUCAUGGGUAGCAUGAGCUCUGUCAUUUACAACAUGAACACUGCAGAUGCAGCCUUCUACCCAGACCACGCUCUGGUAAAGAAGUACAUGAAGCUGCAGCGCGUCAAUCGGAGGUUGGAGCGACGGGUCAUUGACUGGUACCAGCAUCUGCAGAUCAACAAGAAGAUGACCAACGAGGUAGCCAUCUUGCAGCACUUGCCGGAGCGGCUACGGGCAGAGGUUGCUGUGUCCGUCCACCUGUCUACCCUGAGCCGCGUCCAGAUCUUCCAGAACUGUGAAGCCAGCCUGCUGGAGGAGCUGGUGCUAAAGCUCCAGCCCCAGACCUACUCACCAGGAGAGUACGUGUGCCGCAAAGGAGACAUCGGCCGAGAGAUGUACAUCAUCCGUGAGGGUCAGCUGGCUGUGGUGGCCGAUGAUGGUGUCACACAGUAUGCUGUGCUCGGUGCAGGGCUCUACUUUGGGGAGAUCAGUAUCAUCAAUAUCAAAGGGAACAUGUCUGGAAACCGACGGACAGCCAACAUCAAGAGCCUAGGUUAUUCAGACCUGUUCUGCCUCAGCAAGGAGGAUCUGCGGGAGGUGCUGAGUGAGUAUCCACAGGCCCAGGCCGUCAUGGAGGAGAAGGGUCGUGAGAUCCUGCUCAAAAUGAAUAAAUUGGAUGUGAAUGCUGAGGCAGCUGAGAUCGCCCUCCAGGAGGCCACAGAGUCUCGGCUAAAAGGUCUUGACCAGCAGCUGGAUGAUCUACAGACCAAGUUUGCUCGCCUACUAGCUGAGCUGGAGUCCAGUGCGCUGAAGAUUGCUUACCGCAUUGAAAGACUGGAGUGGCAGACUCGAGAGUGGCCAAUGCCAGAGGACAUGGCUGAGGCUGAUGAUGAGGCUGAGCCUGGGGAAGGAACUUCCAAGAAUGGAGAGGAAAAGGCUGGCCAGGAGGGACCCUCCAGCAUAUAAUGACCCCAUCUUGACCCCAGGGCUCCCAGCUCCAAGUGAAUCCAGAAUGGUAGGAAAGCUUGUCUGCAGAAACUGCCAUCCUAUUUGCUAGGUCACAGAGACUUAGGUAUAUUGGUCUGUAGGUGCCUAGCUAGAGAUGUGGGUGAUAGCAUACAUUUGCCCCGUACUCGCCAAAACACACACAUACACCCGCAAGCGCUGGCUCAAGGCUGAGCUCCACAUACAAUGUUUCUGUCUGUGCACAUGCACAUUCUCAAAAGCAUAACCGUGACUUACACCCACUUAACCCACAGUCACAGAGAAUGAUGAAUGCGCAGGGAGUGUCAGGGUAGCUUUGGGACAUUUAAAGGAGCCUUGCUGGUAUAGGACAAAGGCAGUGUUGGAGCUACAGGAAGGAAGUCUGAUAGAAUGUCUUAACUGCGUUCAUUCUAGGUCACCACUUCAACUCCACCAGGUCAUGGCCAGACUUCAGGUCUGAGCUGGGCCAGGCAGGGUUGUAAAUGAACCUGAUGUGUAACUUAUAGAUACAGCUUAAUGAUAAGGUCAUUAUCAGGACAGAUAAUAAUAAUUAAGAGGGUUAUUGCACCUUAAAACAUUUUAAAAUGUGUAAU